AUGAUCUCCGACGAGACAGAUCGGAAAACUCUCAUCUUCCUGAUCCUACAGUUCCUUAACGAAGAGGGCUACAAUGAAAGCUUACACUUAUUGGAGCAGGAAUCAAAGAUUUUGUUCAAUUUCAGCUACUUCUCCGAUGCUAUCAUCAACGGUAACUGGAAAAUUGCAGAGGAUUAUCUCUCAGCAUUCACUAGUCCUGAAGAAAACACAUUUUCAAGAAAGAUGUUCUUUGAAUUGUACAAGUCUAAAUUCUCCGAAUCACAGGACAGAAGUGGUGGCUCUGAAUCUGUGAACAUUUUCUCAAAGGAACUAAGAAGGAUUCCUGUUUUCAAAGAUGAUGGCUAUGAAGAUUUGGUUGAGGUGAUUGCAGAUAUGAGAGUUUUAGAGCAAACUAGUAUCAUGGACAAAGCAUCGUUGAGAGCCAAACUGUGUGUUGAUCUUCAUAAACUGGGAACAAACAAUCCUUCUUUGUUUGGCAAACUUGAUUUUCCGGAGCUCGAAAAAAACGCACUCAUGUCGCUUAUCGUCCUCAUUUGCCCAAAUGGGACACAUGGAGGUUUAAAGGAAGAUCUUAUUUUCUUGAUCCUUCAGUUUCUCUUUGAAGCCAAGUACAAGAACACAUUGCAUAAAUUAGAGCAAGAAACAAAAGUCUUGUUCAACUUAAAGUAUCUUGCGGAGCUGAUGACGCUCGGUAAAUUUGACAAAGCUGAAGAGUACCUGACAGCUUUUACAAACCAAGACGAGAAUAAGUACUCGAAUGCUAUGUUUCUUGAGAUUCAGAAGCUGAAAUGCUUAGAAUCUGCAGAAUGGGAGGUCACAAGGCUAAAGCUUCACCGCUCUGUUAUCAUGCUAGCUAAGAAGAAUCCAGUGCUGAAAGAUAAACUCAAUCUUCCUAGCAUGGGGAAAUCAAGACUCUUAACGCUGAUGAAGAAGACUGUAGCCUUUUGGGGAGUUCAUACAUGCAACCAUCCUAAUUCUCUGGAGAAUUUUCCAGUAGUACGAUACCUUUGUCGCGCACCGUCCUCUUUAGGAAACAAUGUCAAUGAAACAAAGCUAAAGGAAAUCAAUGAUCCAUCUGAGUGCAAUGCACUGUUUCUUCCUGAUAACUUUCCAGGAGGAAGGAUUGCAUGUUUGACCUAUUCUGCUUCUGGAGAUUAUGUACUGGCUUUGGCAGAAGACGCUACACAUAAACUCUGGACGUGGUCGAGUAGCCCAUAUGAAUACUGCAAGUAUACUCCUCGAGUACUGAAGGAAAAUGCAUUUCCGAAGCCGCGGUUAUAUCAACCUCAAAGCGGGAUAACUAUGAAAAACGAGAUAGCCACCACCACAUCUGCUGAGAGUUCCACGUCAUGCUUUGCCAUCAAGGGUUCCUAUCUUUUCUCUACCUCAGGAGGAAAAAUUGCAGUUUUUGAUGUGAAGAGUUUUGAGAAGGUAGCUGCUUUUGGAAGUCCUACAGCUUCAGCUACGUGUUUUAUAUUCAUUCCCGGUGAUUUACUUGCGGUCGGGCUAGAUGAUGGUUCUAUCUUUAUCCACUGUCUAUCCUCAAGAACGAUCAAAGCAAAUUUGGAGGGCCAUGAACAGAGGAUAACUUGUCUUGCGUUUUCGCGGUGUUUCAGUGUCCUCGUCUCAUCAGGAGCUGAUGGAAAGCUCUGUGUCUGGAGCACUAAAAGCUGGAAGAAGCUAACAAGUAACAAAUCCAUACAUCAAAUGUGCACCCGGAACAACCAUGAUGAGUCGUCCUCUUUAGUUACUCACAUUCAGUUUGACCCGUAUCAAAUCGAGCUUCUCGUGGUUGAAGAGCACUGUAUAUAUACACUCAAAGCUCCAACUCUGGAUUGCCUUCUGCAGUGGGUACCAGAUGAAUCCGACGGUGCAAUAACUUGUGGUACAUAUUCAUCAGAUGGUGAGAUAAUCUAUGUUGGCUUUAGAAGUGGGUCUAUAAAAGUUUUGGACUGCAGAACAUUUCGGACCAUAUGUCAAAUCAAUCUGACUGCUUUUACUCAACCCAUCCUCAGCAUCAUCAGGCUCAAGGUUUAUCCGACUGUUGUGGCUGCUCAUCCUUCACAUCCGAGCCAGAUUUCUGUGGGGCUUAGCAACGGUAAGGUCAUGGUCUUUCAGCCGUUGGGGAGAGGAGAAUGGGGCGAAGAAGUUACACUUGAAGCCCCUGAAGAUAAUGGAGAUUAUUAUUCUGAUAGUAGUUACUGA